AGUUGGAAAAAGGACCAUUGCCCUGUGGGCUGUGGCUGGCGUAGUACUGUAUGUCGAUUGUCUUUGUUAUCUCGGCGAAAAACCGUUACCCCACUCGCUAGUUCGUGCGCCAAGUAAAACCUCAUUCCAUUCUAUAGGCUGCUUUUCGACAAAAAAUCUGCAAUUUGCUGGAUUGGACAUCCUAAUGCAUUGUUUCUUCUAUUCCUCCACUUCCUUUCUCUCGCAUACCUCAACAAAACCUCAACUUUCUGUUACUUCACUUGCAACUAUCGAUGACCAUCAACGCUCAGCUUUUGCUGGCUUGGCUAGAACUCCAAGAUAUAACCUCAGACCGUUCUUGACUCCAGUGGGUUUGCGUCUUACCGAACAAGUUCUGGUCCACUGCAGUUAUCUCAACUCUCCUAAUCUGCAAUACGAAAGUAGGUUUCUAUAUUCAUUCUUGAAGGAAAUUGGAUUAAACGAUAAAGAAACUGAACUCCUCUUGCAGCAGAACCCAUCUCUAACAUUGACAACUUUUGAAUCUAUACGAGCCAGAGCUUUUCUUUUACAGUCUGUUGGAAUUAACGGCACUGAACUGUAUCGUUUGGUUAUCAAAUGCCCAAAUGUAUUAACAGCUGAAGAAAUCCAUCAUUUCUUGCGCUUUGUACUUGAUAGUUUGCAAGGGGAGAUUGAGCCAGCGCAGCUCAUACGCCUUUUCACGACUACUGAUCCGAGAUUUUUGGUGGGUUUUGAUCAAAAGGUUAAGCUCUUAGUUAGUCAUGGAGUUCCCCAAGAAAAGAUUGUUCAUGUUCUCAAUAAUGUUAAUUUAACCAAGGCAAUGUGCUUUAAGCCAAUUGAAGAAAUCGAUAGAACCAUUACUUUCUUGAGCCGCUUUGGUGGGAUUGAUAUAAUUGUUAGACGUCCAAUGGUUCUUAAUUUUGACUUGGACACGCAGCUGAUUCCAAGAGUAGAGCUUCUCAAGGAGCUUAGUGGGGGAGAUGAAGACGCCACAGGGACUGUGUUGCGUAAACUCCCUGCUAUAUUGAGUUACAGUGUGGAGCAUACACGAGACCAUGUUGAGUUGUUGAGGUCAUUUGCUGGUCUAACUGAUCCACAAAUAUUCAGGAUUUUUCAAGUGUUUCCAAAUGUGGUUAGCGCCAGUAAGGAAAGGAAGUUGUAUCCUAGAAUUGACUUUUUAAAGCAAUGUGGAUUGAAUUCGGAUGAGAUAUUCAAGUUCUUGACUAAAGCUCCAUUGUUUCUCGGUCUUUCCUAUGAAGAUAACCUUAUGCAUAAACUUGUAUUUUUGGUGAAAAUUGGAUUUGGGUAUAAAACCAAAGAAUUGAUUGUCGCACUUGGAGCUGUAACAAGAACAAGCUGUGAGAAUUUGCAGAAGGUGAUUGGGCUAUUCUUUAGCUACGGGCUUUCUUCUGCAGACAUUUUGGCUAUGAGCAAGAAGCACCCACAGAUUCUGCAGUAUAGUUAUGGUUCUCUGCAGGAGAAGAUGGAGUACUUGAUUGAGGAAAUGGAUAGAGACGUUGGAGAGCUAUUGGCUUUUCCUGCAUUUCUUGGUUAUAAGCUUGAUGACAGGAUUAAGCAUAGAUAUGAAGUAAGAAAGAAAAUUAUAGGGAAAGGAAUGUCUCUCAAUAAGCUUUUGAGUGUGUCGGCUGAUAGAUUUUCAGCUGGGAGGAAGAAAAAUCCUAUUCUUGAUUGAUAAACUAAACAAAUUGUAAAAUUUAGAUGAAUUAGUUCAAGCGUUUAGUAACGGCUCUAAAUUGUUCCAUUUUACCGUUUAAUGGAUUGCUCGUCUCCCUUUUUAAUCCUUGUCCAUCUAUGAGACAUAGAAAUUGUUGUUUUAUCUGAGAUCGAGAAUAAACAGCCCGGUUUGGAACGUUGAA